CACAAUUUGCAUUUAAGUUUUGAAGUAACCGAUGAGUCAAUUGAAAGAUAAUAAAAGAAGGGGGAGCGAAGAGUCUCAUAGAAGAGAAGAAGUCACUGUUUCCUUUAAAUCUGUCUGCAGCGGAUCCUUGGAACUUCAGAAGACGUGCAAAAUCCAAAAGUUUCAGACAUGUCUUAUAUACCUCCACAUAAGCGACACUCAAAGGAUCCAGACAGACCUUCCCCUGUUCCAGAUUCUCUUGCUACAAAAUUCAAGAAGAACCUCCAUCUCAACAGUAGUAGCAGUGAUAAACGCAACCGUAUUAUAUACUCAGGAGAUUCUAUUACCAAAUGGUUUCUUAUUGGUUCCAAUGGAAUUGAAGAUGCGAUUCCUCCAUCUGCUAAGCUUGUUCCCUUGACCUCAGAUUCUGUACAAUGCAAAAAAGGACAAAAGCCUUCAAUACUGAUGAACAUCAAUGAUCAUAAACAGAGUGAAGAAGAAGAAGAAGUAAAUAGAACUAGGUGGCUGUUGAUAGCAGAGAAGGUCCAGGAGGAUCUUUUGUUGGCAUAUGAACGAGCUAAGAUUGCAAUGGAGGGAGAGAAUCAACAUGUAUUAAGAUUGACUGCUAGCUUUGGUACAAAUUUCUUCUAUGAGCCUCAAGCUGGUCAUCCUAUGGCUGAAUAUACCCCAAAACCCUCGAAUAAGAUCUUCUCUACUGAUGUCCCAACUUCUUACUUAAACUACAUCAAGUCUCAGAUUGUACCAAGUCAUGGAUUCUGUAUUGACUUGGAGAAGGAAAGAUUCUCUGUGAAGGUAUCACAUUAUACUCGUCCUAAUCAAACCAUUAACUGUAAGUGUACUGUUAAGGAAGAUGGAAGGCUUAGUUUGUACAAGGUUGACCUUAAUCUUGUAAGGCAUUUGGUUAUUGAUGUAUCUUGCGUUAAUAAGAAUCUUGACAUGAGGCUAUUGCUAUCUGCGAAAAGGAAAAUCACUGAUCUCACUGAGAAAGAGAUAAGUGACAUCAAAGGGCUGCUUGAUUCAGCUACAGUUGAUCCAAGUGUAAAAGGUGGUUUAAGGUGGCAGUUUGGUAAAUCUUCAUCUGGGAAUGGAUACAGUGUGUUUGAAGUUUGUCAUGUUAAAGCUACAGUCUACAAGAACCAAACUAUAAGGCUUAGGGUGAGAGAGACUGAUAGGUUCAAUGAGAGAAUUGGAACAGGGGAAGUCAAGAGGGAGGUGAUUCUAAUGCUUAAAGACAUGAACACCAAGUUACAGGAGCAUAACAUUGACAAGGGUUGUGUUUUGGAAAUGCUUAGAGAUGUUCUUGGAACCUUGUGGGACUUCUUGCGUUGUGAAGCCUAUCUAACGUGAUAAAAAACGAUAUGAUUUUCGAUCUUGCUGUUGAAUUUCUCACUUUCUUUUAGAUUCUGUUGAGCUAUUGGUACAAUAUAUGCUUUUAAGUUUCUGUGUGGGUUGUGAAAGAUUUUGCGUGUUGUCCAAAAACGAAUAGAAUUUGUGCUAUUGCGUUUCUCUUUUGCGUUCAGCUUGUUUUUUUUGUUCAAUAUCAAUGUUUGUGUCUUAACGUUGAAGUUAUCUUAAUUUUUUC